UGCCACCGAAGGGGUUCCAGCCUCUCUGGUGCAUAGACUUCAGCGGGGGAGGGCGGGCAGACAGUCUGCCUGGAGCCGAGCAGCUCUUCUCCAGCUCCUGCUCGGCGUGAACCUGAUGGUGAUGCCACCUACCGAGGCCCACAGUCUGCGCUUUGUUACCUUGCUAUACCGACAUGGAGACCGUUCACCAGUGAAGACGUACCCCAAGGACCCUUAUCAGGAAGAGGACUGGCCCCAGGGGUUUGGUCAACUAACCAAGGAGGGGAUGCUGCAGCACUGGGAGCUGGGCCAGGCUCUGCGGCGGCGCUACCAUGGUUUUCUAAACACCUCUUACCAUUGGCAAGAGGUUUACGUGCGUAGCACAGACUUUGACCGAACUCUCAUGAGUGCCGAGGCCAACCUGGCUGGCCUCUUCCCUCCCGAUGGGAUGCAGCGCUUCAAUCCCAACAUCUCGUGGCAGCCCAUCCCUGUCCACACCGUGCCCAUCGCCGAGGACAGGCUGCUGAAGUUCCCACUGGGCCCAUGUCCCCGUUACGAGCAGCUGCAGAACGAGACGCGGAGGACCCCGGAGUAUGAGAGCGAGAGUAUUCGCAAUGCGCACUUUCUGGACAUGGUGGCCAACGAGACAGGACUUCCAGACCUGACCCUGGAGACAGUCUGGAAUGUCUAUGAUACCCUCUUCUGUGAGACACACGGGCUGCUCCUGCCUCCCUGGGCCUCGCCCCAGACCAUGCAGCGUCUGAGCCAGCUAAAGGACUUCAGCUUCCGCUUCCUCUUCGGGAUCCAUGAGCAGGCGGAGAAGGCCCGGCUUCAGGGGGGAGUCCUGCUGGCUCAGAUACGGAAGAACUUGACCCUCAUGGCAACCACCUCCCAACUCCCGAAGCUGCUGGUGUACUCUGCGCAUGACACAACUCUGGUCGCGCUGCAGAUGGCCCUGAACGUCUACAACGGGAAACAAGCCCCCUACGCCUCCUGCCACAUAUUUGAGCUGUACCAGGAAGAUAACGGAAACUUCUCGGUGGAGAUGUACUUUCGGAAUGAGAGUGAGAAGGACCCCUGGCCUCUGACCCUGCCUGGCUGCCCUCACCGCUGCCCGCUGCAGGACUUCCUUCGCCUCACAGAGCCCGUCGUGCCCAAGGAUUGGCAGCAGGAGUGCCAGGUGACCAGCAGUCCUGCAGACACAGAGGUGAUCGUGGCCUUGGCUGUCUGCGGCUCCAUCCUCUUCCUCCUCAUAGUGCUGCUCCUCACCGUUCUCUUCCGGAUGCAGGCCCAGCCUCCUGGCUACCGCCACGUCGCAGAUGGGGAGGACCAUGCCUGACACCCAGCUGGCCCCCUUCCCUCUGCCUCCUAGGGGAGGAGGGCUGGGCCCUUGCUCCUGACCAUGGCUGCUCCUCAGCCCUUGGACCAGAGACUCCGAGUCGCCUGCCCUGCUCACCACAGCCCAGAUGAGCGAGUGGGGCUCGGCCCGGCCCACGACACCUGUCACUCAGCAUUCAUAUGCCUGACGUUUACCAUGUACUGUGCUGGACUCUGGCUUCCUCCCAGCAGAAUGGGCUCUUUUAUACUCCGUAAGGACCUGAGAUGGAGACAGGACCUGGGAUGGGAACCCUGAGGCGUCGGUGCCUGACCCGCCUGGCUGCCAUCAAGCCCCUGCUCUUUCUCUCCCAGCCCGGGGUCUUUGGCAAAUGGCUCAGAGGACACAGUCUUACCUGUCAGUGCUUGCUCUAGAGGAAACAUUGCCCAACACUGGGGUAGAAACCUUGACCACCAAGGAACCGAAUCACUCAGCAGCCAGCCAGCCAAGUCCUCUUCUGGCUGAAGACACCAUUAGAGACAGCAUGCGUUAGGCACCUCUGUCACCCCGUUAGCUUUGGUAGGUCGGAAGAGUCUUUGUAGUUGGGAGGGAAUGGCGGGAGAGGGCGGGAAUGGGCUGUCAUACAGGAUCGUGGAACUGCCUUCUUCCCAGCUGGGCCUCAGGGACCUGAGGUAAAUGCAGGCCGUGAGCCGGACAGCUCUUGACCGUGGCCCAGACCGGGGCAGAGGCAGCUCUCAGAGAAUGAAGGUUUUGGACUGUU